AUGAAAUUUUAUUAUGUUUUCUUAACUGUGAUAGCAAAUAAAAAAUCUGAAAUUGGAUUUAUUGAGAAAAUGACUGAAAUUUCAACUUUACUUUCGUUUCAAAUCAUUUUUAAUUAUCAAAAAUUAAUUAUACAAACUCCCAGCCCUGAAUACAACUACUUAAAAUAUCAACCAACGCACACUACCACCUGA